UACACACCCACCUCCUCUACACACACACUCUCUCACACACACACUCUCUUUCACACACACACACACACACACACUCACUUACUCACACACUCUCGCCCACAUGGCUAUGAAGGAGCUGAAGAGUAAAGCCUUCUGGCGGGCCGUCCUGGCCGAGCUGGUGGGCAUGACCCUCUUCAUCUUCCUCAGCAUCGCCGCCGCCGUCGGGAACCCCAACAACUCCAACCCGGAUCAGGAGGUGAAGGUGGCGCUGGCCUUCGGUCUGUCCAUCGCCACGCUGGCACAGAGCCUGGGGCACAUCAGCGGCGCCCACCUCAACCCCGCCGUCACCCUGGGCAUGCUGGUGAGCUGCCAGAUCAGCCUCCUGAGGGCCGUGCUCUACAUCCUCGCCCAGAUGCUGGGGGCCGCUGUCGCCAGCGGAGUCGUCUACGGAGUCCGGCCCGAAAACAACACCGCCCUGGGGCUCAACGCGCUGAAUAACAUCACUCCGGUUCAGGGUAUUGGUGUGGAGAUGCUGGCCACCUUCCAGCUGGUCCUGUGUGUUCUUGCAGCCACUGACAAAAGGAGGCGGGACGUAAUGGGCUCUGUGCCUCUCGCUAUUGGCCUGUCGGUGGCUCUGGGGCAUCUGACAGCCAUCAGUUUCACCGGAUGUGGCAUUAACCCGGCACGAUCCUUCGGUCCAGCUGUGAUUCUCGGUGAUUUCACCAAUCAGUGGGUCUAUUGGGUGGGGCCAAUGUGUGGGGGCGUGGCUGCUGCACUGAUUUACGACUUCCUGCUGUACCCAAAAAUGGAGGACUUUCCCGAGCGUAUUCGGGUGCUGGUGUCCGGACCCCCGACCGACUACGACGUAAACGGCACGGACGACGCCCCCGCCGUAGAGAUGACGUCGAAGUGAAACGAGGCGAUAGAGUUACUUAAAAUAAAUAUAUCACACUCUGAAAUGCCUUAAAACACCUGUAAAUAUCUCCACUUCAUUCUCACCAGAGGGAAAAUAGCAUUUAUAUAUAUUUUUUCUUUUUUU